CAAUCAAUCAACUAAAAUGGGAUUUUCAAUUUUGGGUUCCCAGAUUUCUCGACCCACUCCGUCCACUUUCUUUUUCCAUUUGCCGCUCCCUUCACCUCCUUUAAUCCACUCUUCCUUGGCCAAUUUUAUCGCCGCCAUUAAAAUCCCCAACUCCAAUCACCCUAAUUUUUGUCCAUGAUUUCAGUUUCCUCUUCAAAUCUCCCCAGUAUUUGAGUGAAGGAGAGGCGAACACUGGGUUUCCAGGUCUAAUCCCAGGUCAUUCGAGCGGUGGCGGGAUUGUUGAAUGAAAGGAUUUGAAGAAAUCGUGGAGCCGGUUUCGAAUUUGGAGUCAACGACAAUGAAGAGGGAGAUCAGUCCACGUCGAUUUACUUCUGAUGGCUGGGGCUGUUCAAGAUCUGUGAAACUGGAAGCGGCUAGCGGCGACGUCGGAAGGCAUAAGAGGAAGGUGAUUCGUCGGAGGCGACACAGAUGAAGGGGCGACGUUGGGGAAGCGACUAGCGGCGGCGGCGGAAGGCAAAUGAGGAAAGUGGUUCGUCGGAUGUGAUGUUUCAUGUGGGGACGGCGCCGAGCUGCGACGAUGUGGAUGGCGAGGAACAGCGGAGGCGGGGGCGGUGGUUUCUUCUUCUCCUUCACCCUCUAUUUUGAUUUCCUCAUUUCUCUUAGACUUGAGAACAUAACCGACAGGAUGUUGAAGGUAAAAGUUCUGGUUGUGGUCGUUUUCAGCUUAUCUGUGGCUAGGUUUCGUUCGUCGGAGAACAAGAACGAGAGAUGAAACACCCCGAUCCUUUUAAACAACCGAAAUAAUCAUGGCUCCGGAGCCGGUUAAAAACAAAGCUUAAAAUUCAAAUACAACUUAAACAUUCCCAAGAAAACGUCAAAUGCAAUGCCCUAAACACGUGGGCAAAACUCAAAUGCAUAGUUAAUAAACCUCAACCUUUGAACCUCCAGUUAUACUCAUAAUCAUAAACACAACUGACUAACCAAACUAUAACUCCUGGCUUAGCUCCUUGACAUCUCGUCAAUGCUUGUGCGGCUGCUCGCCUUGUCUUGUCUCUUCUCGAAAACCACGUCGAAUAACCCUUCCUCAACCUGGUGAGUGAGAAAGGGUCAGUCUCGUCGUUACCUCCUAAGGUCUCUGCCCUUAGAAAUCUCCUUACUAAAACACAUUAUCAGGGUUUCAUGCCUUAGACGAAAUUCAUUCUCACUUUCAUCCUUAACAACUCAUUUCAACUUUAACUCAUAGAGGUUCUCAACUUUUAUCCUUAAAUCAUAGAAGUUCUCUACUACUACCUUAACUUACAUACUUAUUACAAGGGAAUCACCGCGUUACAUAUCGCCGUCCGGUGUCCCAACCUCAAGGCAAUGGUACUGCGUUACGUAUCGCCGUCCAGUCCAUGCCCGGUCAACUACUGCGUUACGAAUCGCCGUCCAGUAGUGACCCGACCAUCUACUGCGUCCAGUAGUGGUCCAACCGCCCGGGGGUUCAUCUUACCAUCAAGCAUACAUCAUAAACACACACAUACAUAGCACAACGCGUGCCUCCACCUUAAGUAGGCGGUGGGAUGCCUCACACACAUAAUCGCGCUUACUUGAAAAUUAAAUAACAUAACUGAAUUAAAAGGGCAUAAACGGAAAGACCUCGACGGAGAUUUUACCCCCUUUACACUCACCGUAGUAAUAAGUUGAUGAACCUGCCCCUGAUGCCAAGCCUCCGACUCUGGUAAUGUGAUCUCGUACCCCCUACUUUACUUAAAUGGCCAUAGAAGCACCUAGGUAACAUACUCAAUUCUUAUCUUCAUGUGAUAUACGAAUUCCUCUUCAAUGGAGAUUAUGAUACACGAAUCCCCCAUAUCAUUAUUAUUUGAAAUAGCUCUCUUCACUUCUCCCAACCUCGAUAGCUUAAUUGCCAGCAUCUUUAGCCACUUAGAUAUACACCACAAAAGACAAAAGACCUAUAUUAAUUCCAACCCCACAACCAAAUCCAUAUAGUCAUGGCAUUCACUAAGAGAAAAGCUCCCAUGUUAGGCCAUGCUCAAAUCACGUGUCUCUACUCCAUGCACAAGGGUCCAAAUUAGUGAUUUUGCAAGGCGUGUAUCAAAAUCAUGCGCCAAAACACUAUCAUUAGGCAAGACAUCCACGUUUUCCAUUAGGAUCACAGGAUCGAACCAUUUCCGAAGAUGCAUGCCUUGAUUAAAUUCCCCAGUAAUUUACCCGAACUCGUGCCAUUUAUAUUCGCCCUUCCAAUGAAUUAUAACUACAAAUAAUCACCAAAAUCGAACAUGAUGGAAAGACACUUACCUCCCUUUUCAUCUUCACGUAUUCUCUAGCUUUAUAUUUGGAGCGCGUGAAGGCCAAUCAGCUCGUCUUGCCAGGGUUCUCGUCAUGAAUUUCAUGGACACCAACACAUCAGUCCGAGUAAUCAGCUUGGCGGAGAGGCCGGCGUAGGUGACGGUGAUCACUUGGAAGAUGUUGAUGGCGAUUCUCGGCCUUUGUUCUUGGCCACCGCUCUCUUUCUUUUCUUCCCCUUCUAAUUAUUUUCUUGAUCCGAUGUUGUUGCUAUUAUUAAGCGAGGAGAGGAAUCGAGACGUUUUGGGGAAUAAAGGUGGGGUUACGGUGGGAUUUAUUAGUUGAGGGAGAUGGAAGGAGACGUGGAGAGGGCAUCGUUUGUUAAUUGGGGUGGGGAGGUAACGGUGGAGGGGUUUAGGGUUUCUUUCUUCUUCCUACUUUCUUUGUUGCUGCCUGGAAACGGAAGAUGAUGUUAUUAUUAUUAAUAAUAACUAAUGUUAUUAUUAUUAUUUCCAAUCUAUGGUCAAACCCUUUGUACAUAACCAUUGAUUCAACCGCCCAGUCGAAUCUAAACCCAAAUGUUGGGGUGUUACAUUUCCUCCACCCUUAAAACAAUUUCGUCCCCGAAAUUUGAUCGGACACAUCCUUCUAUCAACACCCUUCUUAUACUUCCUUCCCCCAAUCAUUUAUUCUUACCCUAACAACUUCAUUGGUAACCUUUGAUCAUUUAUAUUUCCUUAGCUGGUAGCAUUCGUGUAACCUUGAGUGACUCCCUACCCUUUUUGUUUCACAACUUGAUCAAACAGUGAUGAAACAAAAUGCUGAUUUGACUGGACAUGUUGAGCGAUUUUCUUGGUAGUUGUUGUUGAACCCAAGUCCAGAAUCGAGAUAUCACAUUUCCCACCUCCUUAAGAAAAAUUUCGACCUCGAAAUUUGUUAAUCUUGCUAACCCAAAGUCCCACUUGAGGUAAUCCUUCCACUACAAGGAUUUAUACUUCAUUUACAUUGUACAACCUUGAGCUAUGAUUCCUUCCCUCCAAUUCGUGUGGUUCUUCGCCAACUACUCACUCACCCAUUUUUCAUAAAUCUCUUGCUCAAGCUAGUUACUUGCUCAAUGUGUCUAUGACACUAUGGCACUCUCCCUUCUUUAAUGCCUCUGAUGGUGUAAUGGCAUUUGUAGCUGUUGUUGUUCUCAACGAUUUGUCUUGGGUCUCUACUUUGGAUUCCUUAAGAACUUAAGGAAAUAAAUUAUUAGCCAGCUGUUCAGGUCGUGCCUCGUCGUAACGUUAGCUCAUAACAGGCCCUGACCUUGAACUUCGUCCUCCCUAUCUUGACUGCUGACGAAUCUCAUAGGUAUAGAAUGUCCAUAGAGGAUGUUUGACCUGCAUACUGAUUGACUCUGAUGCUGGUUCCUAGGUAUCACUUCUUCUCCCUUUAUAGGCCUUGUUAUUCUCCUCUUUGAUAACUCCACUUGAUACACACACUUGAUGCCUGAUUCACCAUAUAUGAUUCAUUUAGCAUGAGAAAAUCCCUUACACAUCCCUAUUGUCGUUCUCAAUACCCCUUUCAACCCAAAGGUUACUAAUGGCGGCUUAACCUCCAUCUUGUUAUAUCGCAAAACUCUUUUAACAUAACCUCAUCUGUGGUUGACCACGUAGGUCACCUAUGUCCUUGUACCUUCUGACUUUGAAUCUCUUACUUUCUUCCCUGAUGUCUAGCUCGUCUUAUCCUCUAACCAUAAACUGAAUGGUCAUCUCCUCGUUACUUCUUGCUAAACACAGAAACCUCAUACUGUUGCUUUUACUGUCUGUAUGCAUUAAAGGCAUCUUUUUCAUCUUUCUCUAGCUUGCAGUUAGCCCUUUGACUCCUUUCAAGAAUCAUGACCUUCCAUUUAGCAUACUUGUUCACUCCUAGAACCCAACUUAGCACUUCCUUAUCGCCACCUGAAUUUGAAGUUCUCGUACUAUCCAUUCUGCUACUCUUAGACCCUAGUUGAAAUUCCUCAAACGGUUCACCCGUCCAUAGAGCCUUACCUGAGAGAUUGACACCUUUCACCAGCAUAGGCGAUCUUGGUUUCACUUUGGGGUAUCCUGGCCGGUUCCCUAAACUCAUAUCCCUCUUACUUCUUUACUCAUGACACUUCUUCUUGAUCUUCCUUGCUAGUUCUAGAUGUCCCUCGUCCUCGAUGUAGUCAUCCUGGUGCCCAUAUUCUCUUCUCACUUAUGUACCUUGUACCUUGACCGAUAAGGUUUUCCCUUCGACCGUUCUAGACCACCACACUUCUACUUUAAAGUUGACCAUUGAGCUUCUCAGUUCUUGAUGGGCUUCCUAUGGUCCAACUUAUCUCCACUGGCAAUCACAUUAACGCCUCCUUGUUGACCCUCAUAUUCUUUCGGCGGCCCUUCCUAACUAUCCUUCUCCCUGAAUUUGUCGUUUUGUCGACUACCACCCUUUACACUAUAACCUUCAUUAUAGCCUUGUGGUUUCCUCCUUACUUCCACAACUCCUUCAUCGAUGCUUGGUACUAGCUUUAAUCGACUUAGUUUAGUAGCUCCUCGCCAUACCUCAGAGCCAACAUUUCCACUAGAAACUUUCUCUUGGUAGACUUGACAGAUGACACCCACGACUUCUACUCAUGAUGGUGUUUGACCACGUCCCAACUAUCUUCCUUGACGCAUACAUUGCCAGGUUGAUGCCACCCAUUUUUUUCCUUCUAUAACCUCCCAUGGUGUUCUUCUUGCUUCUUUACUUUUACUACCACCAAACUACAACUCUUCUGUUGUUGCUUGUACUAUAUUUGGUCACCAACCUCUGUUGAGUAUCUUCUCGUUGUUGUUUUAGGUCACAACUGCCAACGGUGGCUAGCCCUUGGUAACCUUUAACAUAACUCAUUCCAUGUCUCUUUUGUUGAUCGUUCUUGUACAUAAACUUAGUUUCUUAGUUAGGAUUCUUAGUGGCUUAACUGAGCGUGCCUGUUUCAUCCUUAACUAGUUGUCUCCUCUGGAGUCCUCCUACCAUGCCACGCCCACUCAGAGUGGGGAACCUUGGAUAAGGUAACUUCUCUUGUUUCCUCCUUCUCGGUAAUGCUUUCCCUCAUCGUACCUCUUUGUGCAGCUUCUUGACCUCAAGUCACUUGAGACUUGACCCAUUGAUUUCUUGAAAUGUCGUCAAACUCCCUCUGGCCUUUUUGCUCUUCCUUGGUAUUGUUCGCAAACUCUCUUCAUUACGACCGUUUAGGCUCUUACUCGAAUUUGCCAACUUUCAUUAGAACUUCUAAUGAACGUUGUACUUGCUUGUCUAUACCCGGUUGAUCGAAUGAUUUACUCCUACGGCUGGUUCCGAGACUCCCGCUCUUGGACCCCUAGUUCCCACUUUAGAAUUUCCCAAUGGAUUCCUUGAAAUUCCACGAUUUUCUGAUUUCUUUGAUCAUGGUAAUUUGCAGGGUCUCUCAACCCCUUCUCAUACCUUGUCCUCUAGCUUGCGCUUGACAGGUGUAUAGCAUGCCUGAUCUAACCUCAACCUCGACAUCAUUUAUCUCGUUGCUUGUCUUGUUCCUUUUAAAGGCUUGUUAGCCUAACUCCCCAGGGUCAUGUACCCUCUUCCCUAGUGACGUAGUUUAUCUAUAAGGGUUCUUUAAUCAUCAUAUGUAAACUACCUUGCCUCAAGACCAGUCUCUCUCCUACCACUUGUCACGGACAUAGACUUCUGAAGUCCGAUAGGCGUCUUGAGGUGCACUCAUCAGGGAGACGGCAAUAGCCUCCUUUCCUUCUUAAACUUUUGACUUUUGACGUCCUUUCAGACCCCUUCUAACCUACUUACUUCCUCCUUUACUUCAUUCAUACUACACUAGCCUCUCUUGAAGUCUAAGCUUUUCACUGCUCCUUGUCGCUAUGUUGUAAUAGCUUUGACCACCAAACUAGUUGAGGGACUUCCACCUCUUCGUUUCUUGGCUCGUUGCUUCCUUGCCACUGCUUAGGGUCAAGGACCCUGAAAUUCUCUCAUCAUUAUAACUACUGACAUCUAGUGACUGUAGCUCUUUCUUUGGAGAUUCAUAUUUCUCUCAUUUGUUUGUCUUAGCUUAUUAGAUCAUCCACUGGUUUCCUAGUAGUAAAAUCCUCGUACUACUCCCUCAACUCCUUCAAAAUCCUUGAGGUAUUCCCUUUCAAUUGACACCUCUUUGCUGGUGUUUGGAGUUGAAGUCCUCGCACAUUUGAUUCUACCUCCACAGACCUUUGCAACGUUCCUCCAUCCUGCUCUAGGUUGAUGAUGAUGAUCUGUUUGCUAACGUCCGAGUAGUUGGUUAACUAAUUGAAGAACUACUAUCCAUCAUGUCGAUGAGAUACUUGGUCUUGAGAGCCUUUGAGACUCUACUUGGGUUGGUCACGUUUCUUUCAUCCUUUCUUCCUUACUGGCGAUCCCCAUAUGCCUAAAUCUCUUAUUUGACCAACCACGACAUGUUAACUAAAUUGUGUCCUACCCUAGCUACCAUCCCUUCGUGCCGUGCCGUCAUAGUUAUUCACCUUAAUAUGAUUAGAGUAGACUGGAGAUUCUAUAAACUCUUAAAAGAAGACCCUUGACUCAUUUUCCUUUCCUUUAAAACAAAACCUUUAAAAACUGAGACCGACAUUCCAGUAUUCCUUGGAAUCCAAGGAACAGAGGAAAACCAGGCUCUGAUACCAAAAUGAAACACCCCGAUCCUUUUAAACAACCGAAAUAAUCAUGGCUCCGGAGCCGGUUAAAAACAAAGCUUAAAAUUCAAAUACAACUUAAACAUUCCCAAGAAAACGUCAAAUGCAAU